AUGAAGGUGAAUGUGAGGCUGGUUGUGGAGGUGAUAUGGCCCCUGUUCCUCUUCUUCAUCCUGGUCUGGGUCAGAUCGACCACUCAGCCCAUCUACAAAGGCCAAUGUUAUUACCCCAACAAAGCUAUGCCUUCUGCCGGAGUGUUGCCAUGGCUUCAAGGCCUCAUGUGUAACCUUGACAACCCCUGUGUUAACAGCCCCACACCUGGAGAGACCCCUGGACAAGUCAACAAUUUCAACUCCUCCAUAAUUGCGGGGAUGUUAAUCGAACUGCAGACACUACUGUCCGCCGGACUCUCCCCAGCGAAGGUCAAACAGCUAUCGGACGAUCUUGGCCAGUGGUCUUCCAUUCUUGAAAAUGGUCAACCGGUUCCUCUGAGAAGUCUUCUGCAAGACGAUGAAAGUUUCACUGUGUUUUUGCAAGAAGAGCUCGGCAUUCCAGCUUCUGCAGCCCAGAGGUUAAUGAAGACAGGUGUACGCAUCAACACGGUCCCACAACUCUCGACAGAGCAGGACCUGAGGUCAGUGCUGUGUGAGGGCCGAACGCUCGAGCGGUACCUUGAGUUUGGCUCAGAUGCCGAGCGGGACACCUUCCAGAACGUCAGCUGCUCCCUCAGCCCUGCCCAGCUGCGACAGACUCAGGAGGCUUUCCAGCGUAACCUUGACCCCAGGAAGCUGCUCCGCAAUCUCCCCACAGCGCUGGGCCUGAACCCUGCAGAGAGUGUCGAGCUCUACAGCCAAAUGGUGACAGACGUGGCUCCUCUGGUAGACCAGAUGCUGAGGACUCAGAGGACUCUGCUAAGUGUGACUGAUGGUGUAGACUUUAGAAAUAACACCUUCGGCGGCCUAAUUGCACUGCUGUGUGGGCCAAGCCCUGACUCCAACUCCACCAAGUCCACUCAAGCCAGGUCCAGUUCAUGGCCGAUGAAUGAGCGGAAGGACAGCAGUAGCCAGCAGCCAACUCAGAGAAAUGCAAGUGAGUUUUGCCAGACGCUCAUCGGCACGUUGGAGGGCUCGCCCCGCCUGCGGCCCUUGUGGAGCACGUUCAGGCCGAUCAUACAGGGGAAGGUGCUCUACACACCUGACACACAAGCGACCAGGCAACUCAUGGCACAGGCAAAUGGCACGUUCGAUGCCCUGGCCAGGCUGAAGGCACUGGGAGAGGCCUGGGCGGAGAAUGAGCCAAGAAUCUGGGACUUCUUUCAAAAUGGCAGUCAAAUCAAUAGAUUAAGGGAUUUGCUGAAGGACCCCAUCUUUGCAGCGAUCAUAGACCAGCGUCUUAACGGGACUGGACUAACUGCUGCAAUCAUCACCAACUUCCUGUAUAACGGACCCCCGGAGGAUCGACCCGUGGGGAUGCCAGACUAUGACUGGCGCAACGCCUUCAACACCACCAGCCAGAUUUUGGGACAGAUGACCCUAUUCCUUGGGUGCCUGGACUUGGAUAAGUUUGAGGCCAUAGCGGGUGAGGGACCAAUGGUGGACCGAGCACUGGAGCUGAUAGAUCAACAGAGUUACUGGGCAGGGAUCGUGUUCGAGGGCCUCGUGCCCAACGCGACUCAGCUGCCCGCGUUCGUCAAGUACAAGAUAAGAAUGGACAUCGAGGACGUGGAGCGAAGCGAUAAGAUUAAGGACAGGUCCUGGGACCCUGGAGCCAGAGACCACUCGUUUAAAGACAUGCGCUACGUGUGGGGCGGGUUCGCCUACUUGCAGGACAUGAUCGACCAGGGAAUCGUUCAGACACACACGGGCAAGAGCCAGCCCCUCGGAGUGUUCGCCCAACAGAUGCCGUACCCCUGCUACGUCGAUGACGCCUUCAUGUCCAGCAUCGGGGUCAUGCUGCCCAUGUUUCUGGUGCUGGCCUUCAUGUACACAGUGUGCCAGAUCAUCAAGUCCCUGGUGCUGGAGAAGGAGAACCGCCUGAAGGAGGUCCUGCGUGUUGUGGGCGCCCGCAACGGCGCCCUCUGGUUCGCCUCGUUCAUCGAGAACAUGGUGCUGCUGACCGUGCCCUGCGCGCUUAUCAGUGUCAUGGUCAAGUAUGGGAAUGUGCUGAGGUAUAGCGACCCGUCGGUGAUCUUCGUCUUCCUGCUGGUCUUCUGCCUGGCCACCAUCAUGCAGAGCUUCCUCAUCAGUGUGUUUUUCAGUCGGGCGAAUCUGGCAGCCGCCUGUGGGGGCCUCAUCUACUUUGUGCUCUACCUGCCGCACUCGCUCUGUUACGCGUGGAGCGAGCAGAUGACUUUCCCCAUGAGGAUUGGUGCGAGUCUACUCUCCUGCGUGGCCUUUGGCUUCGGCUGUGAGAAAUUCACGAAAUACGAGGAGCAAGGCAUUGGCAUCCAGUGGCACAACGUGGCCCGAAGCCCUGAGGGCGACCGCUACAGCUUCAUCGUGUCCAUCGCCAUGAUGCUGGCUGAUGCCCUCAUCUACUGGGUGCUCACCUGGUACAUAGAGAACAUCUAUCCAGGUCAGUAUGGCAUCGCUAAGCCAUUCUACUUCCCCUUUACCCGAUCCUACUGGUUUGGCUCAGCAUCCACCUCUGAGCUGGGCACAGAGUCGGAAGACCCGGAGGACCAUAAAGGUUACCUAGAGAAGCCUCCUCCGAAUAUAAGAGCUGGUGUGUCCGUCCGCAACCUGGUCAAGAUCUACAAGACGGGGAAGAAGCUGGCUGUGGACGGCCUGAGUCUGGACUUCUAUGAGAACCAGAUCACCUCAUUUCUGGGCCAUAAUGGAGCAGGGAAGACAACAACAAUGUCCAUCUUGACCGGCCUGUUUGCUCCCACCUCCGGGACGGCCAUCAUCAACGGCUACGACAUCCGCACUGAUAUGGACUCCAUCAGAAAGCACAUGGGAAUGUGUCCUCAACAUAACGUCCUAUUCGACGACCUGACCGUGGAGGAGCACAUUUAUUUCUACGCCCGCUUGAAAGGGAGGAGCAAGAAGGAGGUGGACAUCGAAAUCGACCAGAUGAUUCAAGAUGUCGGUCUGCCACACAAGAGAAAAGAGCUGGCGAAGAACCUAUCUGGUGGGAUGCAGAGGAAGCUGUCAGUUGCCAUAGCGUUUGUGGGUGGGUCCAACAUAGUGAUUCUGGACGAGCCCACGGCUGGAGUGGACCCGUAUGCCCGCAGAGGGAUCUGGGAACUCCUCCUCAAGUAUAAACAAGGUCGGACCAUCAUCUUGUCCACCCACCACAUGGACGAGGCCGAUAUCCUUGGCGACCGCAUCGCCAUCAUCUCCCAUGGCCGCAUGUGUUGCUGUGGCUCGUCCCUCUUCCUGAAGAAGUGCUUCGGCAGCGGAUACUACCUCACCCUGGUGCGCACCACCGAGAACAAGAUGGCCUCCCAGAGACCCGCCAUCCACCAGAACUCAAAUCAUUCUCAGAGUGAUUCGGUGGACGACGGCAUCGGCAGUCAAAAUUCAAGCUGCUCGGAUCCUCCAGAUGUGGCCGAUGUCAGUAGCCUGAUCAGGAAGCAUGUGCCCCAGGCCGUAUUCCUGGAGGGCAUUGGGCAAGAGCUGACCUACAUCUUACCCUACGCGGGCGCCAGAGAUGGUACCUUCGCCCUGCUCUUCAAAGAGCUGGACCUGGAGAUGGGCCAACUGGGCAUCAGCAGCUAUGGGAUCGCAGACACCAGUCUGGAGGAGAUCUUCCUCAAAGUGGCAGAGGAUACUGGGGUAGAUAUGGAACCACAAGAUAAAGCUGAAAGUUUUACACGCGACUGGAAGCGAAGUUCACGAGACUCUCGACGCAACAGCAUUGCUGCAGUAAAGACCUCCACUAACCCAGCCGGCCCACAAUUAAAACUGAAGGGGAGAUCCACAAAUAAAGUAGUAGACUGGGAGAGGGCGUCGAGUCUUAACGGGAAAGGUUCUUCAGUCAUCUCCGGCUGGAGGCUCAUCAGACGCCAGUUCCUGGCUCUCUUCAUCAAGCGCUUUCACCAUGCCAGGCGCAGCCGCAAAGGACUCCUUGCUCAGAUUGUCAUGCCAGCCCUGUUCGUGUGCCUCGCUCUCAUCUUCUCCCUGAUCGUCCCCCCGUUCCGUGAAUACCCCAAACUGGAGCUCCAGCCUUGGAUGUACGGUGCCAAGCAGAACACCUUCAUCAGUGUGGAUGAGCCCAACGUCACAGAGGUCUCGCAGGUAGCCAAGUCCUUGCUGAAUGACCCCGGCUUCGGGACACGCUGCAUGGCAGGCAACCCAAUACCGCAUCUGCCGUGUGAACCUCAGAAAGCAACAGACUGGUACACUCCUCCCGUGGACUCUGCUGUGAGUGACAUCUUCGCCAACGGGAACUGGUCAUUCGCCAACCCCUCCCCCGACUGCGAGUGCAGCACCCCCCAGCGGACCUUCAUGCUGCCUGACUGUCCCCUUGGGGCUGGAGGACUGCCCCCUCCCCAGAAAACUCAGAUCACAACGGACAUGCUUCAUGACAUGACUGGAAGAAACAUGACUGAUUAUCUCCUGAAGAGCUACGAGAAAUCUGGCAAAAAUCGGUAUGGAGGGAUCUCAGUCGGAGGAGAGAACUCUCAAGUCAGAAUGAACGAGUCAGAAAUUGCCACCGUUUUCGAGGAUUUGCGGAACCUUUUCAAUGCCUCACAGGUGUCCAUGCACUCCAGAACUCUCAUUCACCCCCUUCAGGGCUCAUCAACCCUCCUGACCAGCCUCUAG